AUGUUGACUUCUACAAUCAAAUCAAUUCCUCAUCAAACCCUAGUAUUGAUCGCUUCAUACUUACUUAUCAGCCAAUCUCAAUUCACUCAAGCCCAAGCUACCCCUGCUCAAAUUGUCGAAGUUAUCUCUAAAUAUGAUGCUUUAAAUCUUUCGUCAGAAUAUCCAGUUGGUCUUGGAAUCCCACUUAAAGCUUUAGCUUUGCUCAACGUAAAUUAUCCUAAUGGCCCCGUAAACCUUGGUCAACCUUACAACAAGACAGAUGUUUCCACUAAGCCUACUAUCAGCAUCACUCCUGUUGUCGCUACUGUGGAGAACUUCGAAUCCCCUAAUGUCUUUACACUCAUCAUGUCUGAUGCCAAUACGCUCGGAAACCCGGACCCUCAAGGCGGCUUUCGUCACUACCUACAAAACGGUGUUACCUUUGGUGAUCUUACGCCAAACAAUACCUUGAACAUCAAUGAAGGAUCAGGAACGGUGGUCACCGAUUACGUUGGACCCGGUCCAUCUCUCAACUCAGGACCGCAUCGUUAUACAUGGCUCUUAUUUAUUCAACCUUCAGGAUCAUUUAAUCCUCCUUCAAACUUAUCAGCUGAAAAUACUGGAAAGGGACAUUGGGAUCUAAAGUCAUAUGUUAACUCAAGUGGAUUAGGUGAUCUGGUAGCCGCGAGCUUCUUUACCGUCCAGAAUGGAACUGCCACUUUCUCGUCUAAUGGGACUAACUCUACCUCUUCUGGGAAUGGCACAUCUACCAACACUACAUCUUCUGCCAAAAGCAAUGCUAACCACGCUAGUUUUGCACCAGGUCAAUAUGUUAACUCGAUUGAUUUGAUGAAGACUAUUUUUGCAAGUGCAGUUGUUGGUAUCAGUUCAUUGUUGGUUUGA